AUGUCAACAGAAAUUGAUCAACCUUUUGUAGUUGAAGAAAUCUUAACAAUAAUAAAAGAGGCAGUUGAAAUAUCACUUCAAAAUACAGUUUAUCAACAUAAACAGGUACCACAAUGGACACAAAGUAUCAUUGAUCACUCAUUAAAGAAAAUAUCAGAAUUAAAUAACAAAUCUUAUAAAUAUAUAGUAAAUUGUUUAAUUUUUCAAAAAACAGGAGCAGGAUUUCAUACAGCAAGUUCAUGUCUUUGGGACUCUGCAAACGAUGGUAGUUGUUCAUAUAGAUGGGAGAAUAAGUCAAUGCAUUGUAUCAUAAGUGUUUUUGGAUGUAAAAUAUAA